AAUGAUUUGUACAAGGCUUUGUGAAUAUAACGAAAGCAUUGCACGUAUUCGUUUCCUCUUUCGCAUCUUUUUGAACCUGAGUAUAUUUGGGGGGUUUUGCAUGUAGCCCUUGGUGGUAGCUGUUAUGCCACGUGAUCCACAAAUUCAGAAUGUAAAAGAGUUUAUCUGAAAAGUAGAAGUAUAAUCAGGUUUCAUUCUGGGGAUAUUAGCACCUUUCAAAGAUGGCCUUCUUUUUAAAUUAUCUUUUUAAAGAAAAUGUUUUACACUUUGACCAGUCUGAAGCAGCUGGGCUGUAAAUGAGGUGUGGCUUUCAGCUGUGCCAUGUACUGACAGCCUAGAACCCACAAACACACGAACGCACCCUAUGCAAAGCUGGUUGUCCUCCAAUGUGAGCGUUCACCGCCCUAAGGAACGUCUUUGUCGCAGGGAAGCAGCAACAAUGCGCAACAGUUCUAGGAAGUGUGUUCGACUCGCUUUGCUUAGUGGAUUUUUUCUGGUCGCCCUCUUUUAUUUUUGGAAACCUAGCAGCAAAGAAGUUGACAUAAGCCCAAGACAGGAUACACCCAUUAAAAAACUCUUCACUGGGAAAAUUGGAGACUCCACAAAUGGUUAUGACAUUCCCCCCCACAUGAAGGAGGAAGUGGCAAGUCGUUUGGCUCAAAAUGCCUGCAUAUGCCAGGCUGAUAAAGAAACCUUUCACCUACCAUUGUCAAAUCUGCUCUUUCCACGGGUGUGGGCUCACAAUCUUGAUCAAGCAUUCUUGGAGUUCCACCCGGAUCCUGACAGUGUAAAGCAGCACAGAGCUGAUGAGUACAACAACUUUCAAGAAAGGUCCUACAAUCCUGCAGAUGUGCUUAAUGUAGCAGAGGCCAACAGUCCUCUUCAGUAUCCUACCCAGGGUGUGCUGGUGCGACCCCUAAAGACGAUCAUCAUUCCUGGUUUAGCCCUUAAAGAAGAAGAAACAAAAUUAGAUCACAUGGUAUCUUUGACUGCAACACUUGGAACUUUUGAUGUUGCUGCUAAGGUGGACAUGGUCUCCAUCCAGGGAGUGGGAGAAAAGAACAUGGUUCUGUUGAGUCCUCUUCUCUCUGCUCUGAACAAACAACUGCAGUCUGUCACCUAUACAAACAUCGUGUUUCAUCCGAAGACCGCAGACACAAUUCAGUUUGCAACCAAAGAUCACCAGUCAUUUUUCCCCAUCAAAAUUGAACACAGAAACAAUCCGAAACUUUACAACUCGGGAUACCAAAAAGAGUACAAUAUUACAGCUCUAGUUACCAUCGCCACCAAGACCUUUCUGCGUUAUGACAAACUGAAAGAUCUCAUUGACAGCAUAAGAAAAUAUUAUCCCACCGUCACUAUUGUGAUAGCAGAUGAUAAUGAACACCCUCAGCCUGUGACUGGUCCUCAUAUUGAACACUACAUCAUGCCAUUUGGAAAGGGUUGGUUUGCAGGUAGAAACCUGGCAGUGUCUCAGGUAACCACCAAAUAUGUGCUCUGGGUGGAUGAUGAUUUCAUCUUUACUGCAAACACCAAGUUGGAGAAGAUGGUGGACAUCCUAGAAAAGACCACUCUGGAUCUGGUUGGUGGUGCAGUCAGAGAGGUGACAGGUUACACCGCAACUUAUCGUCACACCAUAUCGGUGGAGGAUGGCGGAAAAGAGGGUGACUGCUUGCAUAUCAGACUUGGCUACCACCAUGCCAUCAAAGGAUUUCCCAACUGUGUGGUAGCUGAUGCUGUCAUCAACUUCUUCAUGGCGCAGACGGUCAAAGUGCAGCAGGUUGGAUUUGACCCGCGCCUCGCACGGCAGGCCCAUCUAGAGUUCUUCAUCGACGCUCUUGGCCACCUCCACAUUGGCUCCUGUAGUGACGUCAUUGUGAGUCACGCGUCAAAGAUCAUACUACCCUGGAGUAAAACAGACGUUCAAAAAGCCUAUGAAAAAUUCCGGUACUCAUCGUCAACCACAAAUGCUAAAACUCAUGACGAAAUCUUCUACUUUAAGAACAGGUUCAAAUGCAUGACCAGUCAGUGAAAUGUGAGAAAUAGUUUUGCUCGGGUAAAAUAAGACACACUGUUUAUUUUUGGUUUUUACUGCCAAAAAAACUGGUUGGAUUACCCAGUUAUGAUCUUUGGUAUCCAAGGUUGGUGUUUGUUUUCUUUUUUGUGUUUUUUAUGUUAGUGGCUUGUAGUGUUUCUAACAACUUUCAUAAGUCUCUGGAAAUUUGUAAAUCACCUUUUGACUAUUGUUUUCAAAGCGUUUCACCCUAAUCUUAAACUAAAAUUUCUGAAAUUCUCUCAAACUGAUUUGCAAAAUGUUGACACUGAAAAGGAAAAUCUUCAGUUACAUAAUAAAUAGCUUCAGCUUGUGAAGCACUGCAUUUUUUUUUUUUUAAAUGGGUUCUAAAAAAAAACGGAGUUAAAAAAAAAGGUACAUUGUUGCAAGUCACAAUAUAGCAGCAAGUAUUCUAUAGCAAAACAGUUAGUUUGGUAAAAAUGGCUUUGUAAACUAAUGCCCAGAGUCACAUGAUUGUUUUUGUUGUUUAAGUUGUUUCAUUUGUAUGUAUUUUUAGUAGGAUACUCAGGUCAACAGUCUUUAUGUUUUCCCCUCUCCGCUAAUGUCAGUGAUUUUACAAUAUCCUGCUGCUGUGACUGCGUCUCUAAAUGUAAUCUAUGAAACCUUUAGUCAGUAAUUUAUGUAAACAGAUGCUGUCUUUGUCUUUUCUUCUCAACAGUAUUUCUAAAAAUGCUUCUGCAAUUUUUUUUAGAGUGUAUUGUUUGUUUGUUUGAAAAAAAACCUUAGCAUCCAUUUCCUGUUUAUUUGUUAUAUUACAUUUCUUUUUAUCUGGCUAAGUAAUAACACCGAAAAACUGGGUAGGAGAGAGCGAGCACCCUAAAGAGAUUGACAGUCAAUCUGUAAACAGAAAAGAUGACUUACAUUUAGAGUUUAAGUGACACUCCAUUAGCAAAUAGUGGCCUUGCACUUCUUUCCCAAAUCCGAUGGAACAUUAAAGAUGGUUCUUAUUAAUAUCUACUACAACCCCCUUCCACUCUAAGGAAGGCUGUUUUUUAUGGUUAAAGUGGUUAAAGGUGUAAUAUGUGAAUAACGAGUGUACAUGUUUACCAAAUUAGUACUUGUUUUUUUUUCCCAGCAUCUGCUAUUUCUUACUAGUAGAACCAAAGUUGCUCCUCAACUACCUCACUGAAUCUAAAGAACAAGACUAUCACUGGGCUGCAGAAUCCUUUACAUGACUAUCAUGACUUGUGGACUGAAUCUGGUCAUCAAUCUCUUUUAUUAACCCCCCUUUGCUGGGAGGUAAAGUUAUGAUUGGGGGGGGGGAGACAAAAGACAUCCCUAUGGCACUGUUGUUAGCUGUUAGCUAAAUACCUACAUACAUAGAAACAAUCUAGCAAUCAUUUUGGGGGGUUUUUUUGUUGUUGUUUGUUUGUUUUAUUCUGUGAUAUGAGUAUUUAAAUACAGCUUUGUUAUAUUUAAAAUGAUGUAUUUAAAUAAAAAGCACAGAUCCAUUA